AUGGCUACCCCUAGUGUCCUCGCUUUUGACGCUGAGGGUCGAGCCAUUGACUUUGACGUCUGGGUAGAUGACCUGCAGCUGUUCUUACAGUGCGAUAGGGCAGACGGUCUCUCUCUCUUUGACCUCACCUCUUGCGCCUCUCCUGCCCCUGCUGCUGAUGCUGACGCCACUGUUUCCUCCCAGUGGGCCACGCGCGACGCUGCUGCACGUCUUGCUUUUGCGCGCUACUCCUCCCCUGCCACUGCUGCACUGAGCCGUCUCAUGCUACCGUACCUCUUCCCUGACCUUGCUGCCUUUCCCACAGUCGCUGACCUCAUUACCCACCUCCGCACUAGUGACACUCGCUGCCGUGCUGCGCUUCCUGCUGACUUCUGCGCCAAGAACCCCCCCCCCAUGUACAUCACUCUCUACUACAUAGUCACUCGCCUCCCUGACUCCCUUCGCGUAGUCAGGGACCACUUUCUCUCGGUCUGUCCCACCACACUCAGUGUUGACCUCCUCGAGAAGGGUUCUCCCCCUCCCCCCUUCUGCCCUCUGUUGCCUCUGCUGCUACGGCCGACCUCCUUGGUCUUGAGUCGGUCGGUGCGGCGUCCGCCCCUAGCGGGAGACGCCGCUCUGGCAAGGGCAAGGGGGGCAAAGGCGUUGGAGGAGCGAGCGGGAGCGGUGGAGGUGGAGGCGGCGGGGGGAGUGGGGGUGGCGGUGGGAGUGGAGGUGGGGGAGGAGGGGUCGGUGGCGGCAGUGGAGGCGGAGGCGGCGGCUGCGGUGGUGGUGGGAGCGGAGGUGGCGGAGGUGGUGGCGGUGGAGGCGGCGGCGGAGGCGGCAGUGGUAGCGGAGGCGGCGGAGGCGGCGGAGGCGGCGGGGGUGGCGGUGGAGCUGGUCGCGGGUCUACACAGAGGAGUGGUUCCGGUGGUGGCCCGCGCCAACAGCAGCAGCGCGGUCGAGAGACCCUGUCCGCUUAGCAGCUCCUGUGGGGGUGCUCACCCCACCCAGCGCUGCUUUGGCCGCCUGACGGACGCGUGGCGUCGCCAGUUCCCGGAGGCCACAGAGAUCCCUCGCUGGGGCGAGCUGUCUAGGGCGGGAGUUGCUAUUAAUGAUCUUGAUUUUGAUGCUAUUCUUUCUGCCAUGUAUGCUGUGUCUAUUAGUGAUGAGGGUGACUGUUACCGGUGUUUCCCGCCCGAUUCGGGCAUUGGGACUGCUGCUCUAGGUACUGGUGAGGGUGCUGCCCCAGGUGCUUGUGACGCUGCUGCUCUAGGUGCUAGUGCGUCUGCGUCCUCAGGUACUGGUGAGUCUGUUGAACAAGAAUGA